AUGUGCAACCACACCAAGUCCAAGAAGUCCUCCAUUGCGUACAUACUCAACGCCGACAGUGCGUCGUCACUCAAAUCGGACACUCAUUCCAGUCCUUCCCCAGUUCUAGUCGAGGGCGAUGCAUUGGUCAUGGCGGCGGCGUGCGGUGCAAAGCCCCCCACUGCACCAAUGGAGCCAAACAUAACGGGGCGUGCUGGGCACACGGCGGAUCGAGGGGUUGUAAAGUGGACGGGUGUCAGAACCGAACGAAAGCUAGAGGGGUGUGCUGGAGCCAUGGCGGGGGCAAGCGGUGUAUGGUCCGCGACUGUUCCAAGACAGCGCUGCGAUAUGGGUAUUGCUGGGCGCAUGGCGGAGGGAAACGGUGCCAAGUGGAUGGUUGCAAUCGACUGGGGCUUCAACGAUACGCCAACUGUUGUGCUCGCCACUGGCACAUAA